AUGGGAAUGGUAUCCUGUAUGUGGAGAACAAACGAUGCAGAGCAUGCACCCGUCCCAGCGGUCUCCAAUCCUUUUAUGGAUAAGUGUGCUGAAUGUCCUAAAAAGAAAAGGCAUGUGCUACACAAUGAACGUCUCACUUUAGUCACAAACAAGGAGGUAGAUACCUUCACUUGUAAGGCUUGCUAUCGAGCGUCCAAUGGUUUCAUGUACAAGCAUGCUGAUGCAUUCUUUGAUGUCUUUUGCGGUUCAGUUUCUGAGCCAUUUUUCCAUCCAAGUCAUCCCCACCAUCCCUUAUAUUACAUUCCAACAGAAAAAGAAGAAAUAUGCAAUGGUUGCAACGGCGGUUGGAGAACAUGUGUACUCAGGUGCAUUGAAGGUGAUUGUGGAUUUUUAUUGUGCUUCAAAUGCGCCACUCUACCACAAGUGGUAAAACACAUAGUCUACAAUCAUCCUCUCUCACUAUGCUAUGGAGAAGAAGAUGCAACUGGUAAAUAUUGGUGUGACAUUUGUGAGAAGGAAACAGAUCCAAAUGAAUGGUUUUACACGUGUAAAGAUCACUUGGCUAGUUUGCAUAAAGAGUGUGUGCUCGGAGAAUCUGCAAGGCUCAUGCCAAGUAGUGUAGCAGAGUUGUGGGGGAGAUCGUUUGAGGUGGUGCUCAAUAAUAGUGUUACUUGCCCAUUUUGCAGCCAGUGUAAGUCUCGUUGCAAGUACCCUAUCUACCUUAAGUUGAUUGGAACCUCAGGGACAUACUUUUGCUCUCGUGCUUGCUCUUAUUUUUUUUCACUCGUUCUUCUGAAUAAAGCGUUGUUUCUUGAGAAGAAGAUAUCUACUUAUUGUUGCCCAUCUGAGAAUCUAUUGAAGCAUGUCUCUUAG